UAUUGUUUUUUUUUCUAAUAAUUUAUGAAUAAUAAUGACAUAGUUAAAUAAUUAUUUUAAACAUGAAUAAAAAUAUUCGAGGUGCGGAGACGGCCUAAACUAAAAGUACUUCGCGGUGAAAAUCAUAGAGAAUAUUAUAAACGGGAAGCAUGGAAUUGGAAAUAGUACCUACCAAAAACGAAAUAGUAUCUCUAUUUAGUCUAUGCUGUACUACUAUGGAAAAUAAAUCACCUGUGCAGUCGCCGCCGCCGCCGCCGCAGCUGCCCGGGGCCAUGCCACCGACGACGCCGCCGGUGGUGCCGCCGCCGCCCCCGGCCCAACCGCACAGAUACCGGUAUGUUUCGGUGCCCGCACCGGCGCCGUACCCGGCCUGGCCAUUGCCACCAUUAGCGGUGCCGCUGCCGGCGCCGUAUGCGCCGUGGCCGACGGAGGUGGCGCCGCCGUUCGCGGCUAGGGCCUCGCCAGCGGCUGACCAGCCAUCGACGACACCGCCGGUGGUGCCUCCGCGGCCGGCUGCCCAGCCGCCACUGGCGCCGUCGCCGCCGGCUGCCCAGCCACCGUCGCCGCCGGCUGCCCAGCCACCGUCGCCGCCGGGACUGCCGCCACCCCGCCUCGCGCCCGCUCGCCUACCGAGAUAUCAGUACCGGUACAUACCGGUUCCGUCUUACCCCCCGUGGCCGCUGCCUCCAUGUGCGGUUCCGCUGCCGGCGCCGUAUGCGCCGUGGCCGCCCACGGAGGUGGCGCCGCCGUUCGCCAUGCCCGCGCCUUGUUUCAGCUACAUGGAUGCUGCGUCGUCGCCGCAGCCGCCUACGCCAGCGCCGCAGCCGCCACCGUCUGCGCCGCAGCCGCCUCCGCCUGCGCCGCAGCCACCUCCGGCUGCACCGCAGCCGCCGCCGCAGCCGUUUAUUUGCUUUGUGCAGAGCCCGCAAUGGUGGCGAGGGCCCUCGGCGCGUGGUCGGGGGCGCGGCGGGCGCCUUGGCCGCGGGAGCGGCGGGGGUGGGCGCGGCGGGCGCGGUCGCGGUCGUGGUCGUGGGCGCGGUCGUGGGCGCGGUCGCGGUCGUGACACCUUUGGUCGGUGGGUAUACUUAAUAAAUUAAGUAAACCCACCGACCAAGGAGCCCUUAAGGGCUGAUUUUUCAAUGGGCAGAAACAACGUUUAUCUGACCAUUGAAAAAUCAGCCCUUAAAUCUUAAUUUGUUAAGUUUCGAAAACUAUUUUUAAUAAAUAUUUGAUUUUA